CUAAAACUUCAGAAUAAAGACUUUGCUUCACUCUCUCUCUCUCUCUCUCUCAGUCUUAAAACAAAAUUAGAAAACCAGUAGAGAGAGAGAGUGAUGGGAAGGAGUCCUUGUUGUUCAAAGGAAGGCUUAAAUAGAGGAGCAUGGACCGCUAUGGAAGACAAAAUUCUCACUGACCACAUUCGAAUCUAUGGUGAAGGCAAAUGGAGAAACCUUCCCAAAAGAGCAGGGUUAAAGCGAUGUGGGAAAAGUUGCCGGCUACGAUGGUUGAAUUAUCUUCGCCCUGAUAUAAAGAGAGGAAACAUUAGCCGUGAUGAAGAGGAGCUAAUUAUCAGACUUCACAAACUCUUGGGCAACAGAUGGUCUUUGAUAGCUGGGCGGCUUCCAGGCCGAACAGACAAUGAAAUCAAGAAUUAUUGGAACACAAAUAUUGGGAAGAAAAUUAAAGGUAAUAAUUCAAGUUAUACGACAUGUCGUAACGAAAAGGCAAAAAUCUCGCCUCAAACUGUGAGACACUCAACUAUCCAGCCGUCAAAAGGGUCCAAUUCAAUUAAUUCACAUGUGGUGCGCACCAAGGCAUCAAGGUGCACCAAAGCAGUACUCGUCCCCCAUCAUUUUCCAAAACUUAAUCAAAUUGACAAUCAUGAUCAUGAUGACACUAAUGGUAAACCAGCACCAGUAUUUCCACCACCAUGUGUGGAUAUUGACCAAGCCAACCACGAUCAAGGGGUGGUGGACCUUCAACCCAGCUCAUUGGCACUCCUUUCAGAUGAAAAUAACUCCUCGGAAUUCAUGAUGGAUUUUGAGUUGGAUGAGAAUUUCCUCUCGGACUUUCCCAGCAAUAUUGAUUUCUUGCACCUAACUUAUAAUUUGGAUAAUGGAGGAGAAGAUGAUAAUAAUAUCGAUAUUGCUACGACUAGUAGUGAAUUUGAGACAGGUCAAUCAUCGUCUCCAAAAUCUGAUCAUCAUCAAAACCUUUUGUUUUCCCAAGAUCAUAUGCUGUAUGAGGUGGAUUUAGAGUCCACGACUUCUGUAGUUGACCCUCAUGUAUUCGAUUGGCUGCAAGACUAAUCAAUUUAAGGUCAUAAUAUUAUUGUACCAAAACAUAAUGUUGCGUGUAAUCAUGUCUAAAUAAUAAAAUCCGUGCCACUCUCAUGUCUU